AUGGUCCGGUGGUGUAUGCUGGCGCUGUGCGCGAUGGUAGCGGCUUCGAGUGCGAUCGAAACUUCUUCUCGCUUUAAACCGAAAAAACCUAGGAGUGCUGAUCUUCAACCUGGGCAACGAGCUGAAGCAGAUGAGAUGGUGAACAAUCUACUCCAAUGGAUUCAAGGGCUUUAUCAGCAGAAUAAUAGGAAAGCUCGUCAAUACUUUGGAGGAAAGCCAGAGAGGCCCAGACCAUUUGAGCCCCCAUCUUAUCUUCCCCCACUUGGUUAUCCUCCAUCAGGUAACCGUCCCACACCUUCGUACAAUGAGGGCCCGUCGCCUUCAAGUCCAUCCUAUACGCCUAGCUCUCCUUUCAUACCAAGUCAACCUUCAUACCAGCCACCUCAAACUGAAGAACAACCUUUCCAACCUAGCCAGCCACCCUACCAGCCAAGUAAACCAGCUUAUCAACCAAGUCAAUCAACCCAACCUUCUUAUCAACCAAGCCAACCUUCAAAGCCCUCUUAUCAACCCAGCCAACCUACCUAUCAGCCCAGUCAGCCUUCCGAACCUUCCUAUCAACCUAGCCAACCAACUCAACCUUCUUACGAACCAAGUCAACCUCCACAACCAAGCUACCAGCCAAGUCAACCUGACUAUCAGCCUAGUAGACCAUCACAGCCUAAUUAUGAACCUAGUCAACCUACAUCUCCAUCAUACAAGCCUAGUCAGCCUGAUACAGAAUCAACAAACCAACCAGAAAAUCCAGAAAGUGGAGGAAGUGGCAAUACACCCCCACAAAACAUAGUGCCAGCGCCAGUGCCAGAUGACGAUGAAGACCGUCAUCCCCCACACAUUCAUGAUAUAACAGUUGAUUGUGGUAAGCAAAUGAUGACCAUAAAUAUUGAGUUCAACAAACCUUACAAUGGUAUUAUCUAUUCACAAGAUCAUUUUAAGGACGCUGAUUGUGUGUACGUCAAAGAAAACUCAAACCAAAUAAAGUAUUCAUUUACUGUAAGUCUUAAUAAAUGUGGAACAAGAUUCUUCAGUGAUUUUGAAAAUGAAGGUCAGGCUUAUUUGGAAAAUGUUCUAGUACUGCAAAAUGAACCUGGUAUUCAAGAAGUUUGGGAUCACAUUCGCAGAGUAAGAUGUCUCUGGGAAGGAAACUUAACUAAACAGCUGGUUUCAUCUUUAAGCGUUGGAAUGUUAAAUCAAAUUACUAGCAAUUUCAGUGGAGAUACAGCAAUGGCUCGAUUAGACAUUCAAAGUGGUAAAGGACCUUUUGCACCGGAAGCUAAUGGCUUAGUGAAGAUUGGAGAAAUCAUGACGCUUGUAGUAUCUGUAACUGGUGAUGCAGGUUUUGACAUUUUAGUAAGAGAGUGUGUAGCUAGAGAUUCCGGAAACAAUCAUAUUGUGCCGUUGACCGAUUCCAAUGGAUGCGUGUUAAAACCAAAACUGUUUGGAGCAUUCCAAAAGACAAGGGAAACAGGAAACACUGGUGCCUCCGUCAUCGCAUAUGCGUUCUUUAACGCGUUCAAAUUUCCGGACGAAAUGGAUUUGAUCAUUCAAUGUGAUGUUGAACUAUGUAAGACUGAUUGUGAGGUUUGCCCUAAUCCUGGUAAUACUGAACCAAGAAGGAAAAGACGGGAUAUCAUCCAUGUUGGAAAUAAAACCAUGGAGCCUGUGACAACUAUAGAAAAGAGUCUAAGAGUAGUCUUUGCUGAAGACUUGCCUGUAGACACCGGAAUAUGUAUUUCAUCGAACGCAGCUCUGUGGGGAGGAUUAUUAGUACUUUUAGGGUCUAUAUUAAGUAGUUUAGCUGUGUCUUUCUGUUGGCAUAGAUCGCGAGGAUCGGUAAAAUUCUUAUAUUAA